AUGCCUCGUUCUUCUCGUACAGGUGAGUUAAUUUUUGACCCCGAGGUAGAGAAGCCCACACGCAGAAUGAGAAAAGAGACCAGACAGCUUAGAGAAGAGCACUCCAGUGCCACAUAUCAAAGACUUGAGCUAGAGGUGGAGCCAACAGAUUCGCUUGGUGAUUUUUCAAGCGAUUCAGAUUGGGAAGAAGUCACUAUGGCUAAUGCCCGAACAUUAAGGGAGUUGGCUGCUCCCAACUUGAAUCAGCAGCUUCUGUGCAUUACUUUUCCAAAUUUAAAUGAUAACACUCCAUUUGAAUUAAAAUCUGGUCUAAUUCAUCUUCUACCGUCUUUUCAUGGUUUAUCAAGUAAGGAGCCGUAUAAGCAUCUGCAAGAGUUUGAUGGCGUGUGCAAUAGUAUGAAGCCCCUGAGCAUCACAGAAGAACAAAUUAAAAUGAGAGCAUUCCCCUUCUCCUUGAAAGAUUCUGCAAAAGAUUGGUUGUACUACCCGCCACCAGGUAGUAUCACCACGUGGGAUCAAUUGAAGAAAAAAUUCUUAGAUAAGUAUUUUCCCGCAUCUCGAGUUGCAAGUCUAAGAAAGAAAAUUUGCGGUAUCAAACAGUACCCAGGGGAGUCGCUCUAUGAGUACUGGGAGCGAUUCAAGAAAUUGUGUAUCAUUGAUGCUGCGAGUGGAGGGGCAUUGGUGAACAAAAUCCCUCGAGAAGCAUGGGAACUAAUUGAGGGAAUGACAGAGAAUUCGCAGCAAUUUGGUACGAGGGAGGAUGUCCCAAUACGCAAGGUGAAUGAGGUAGAGACAUCCUCUAUCCAGCAGCAGUUGACGGAGUUAACCUCGUUUGUUAGGCAACUGGCUGUAGGGAACGCAUCUCAGGCCAAGAUGUGUGGGAUUUGCACCGGUAUGGGUCAUUCAACAGACAUGUGCCCAAUGAUUCAGAAAGAAAGUGCAGAGCAAGUGAACAUGGCUGGUCACGCGCCCGCGCCAAGAAAGCAGUACAACCUUUAUUCAAGCACCUACAAUUCUGGUUGGAGGGACCACCCCAAUCUCAGCUAUGGAGGGAACAGGCAGUCCAAUUUCGGACCAAAUAGGCAGCAAGGAUACCAGCAGCAGUACCAACCCCGACCACCUCCGCCACCGAGCUCUAGCCCAUCUUUGGAGGAGAUGAUGAAGCAAUUUAUAGCUACCACAGCGCAACGUCAGCAAAAGACAGACUUUGAAAUGCAGGACAUAAGAAAUCAGAUAAGUCAGAUGGCAAUAUCAAUCAACCGUCUGGAGUCUCAAGUAAAUGGAAGAUUGCCAUCCCAACCUGAACUGAACCUGUAG